AUGUCUAAAGACACCAACAACUCGGAACCACCCCGCGUGAACCUUCGUGACUCGCGAAAUUUAAACUCAGGCAUGACUCCUCCGAGUUCCGGCUUUUCACCUUAUGGGGCAGUGCAACUCCCACCAGUGUACUCCUAUCGACAAUCACAGCAGCAGCAGAAGCAGCAACCAGUAUCAGCACCAGCGCCACUACAACUGUCACAGGAGCUGACAUAUUCAGGGUCGCCAAAUCCUAUUGCGCAACCAUUGCAACCAGCUCAAUCACAAACCCCACAAGCAGCUGAUUCAAGGCCACGCAUGAGAGUAAGUAAAGCUUGUGAUCGAUGUAGGACGCACAAAAUCAAGUGUUCAGGUUCAGAUCCUUGUGCAACUUGUGUACGACAAAAGAAGGAAUGCACAUUUUCAAAUUCAGGUGGUGGUAACCCACAAGGCAAAUCAAAUGGGUACCCACUUUUGGGCGCAGAUACAAACAAAAGGCGUAAAUAUAGUACCCUCAAUUCUGAGCCGUUUGGAUUGCCAGUUGUUGAUAAAUCAAAUGACAAGGAGUACAUAGCCCAUUUGGAGAAUAGGGUGCAGUACCUUGAGAAUUUGUUAUCGAGAAACACAAUGGAAGAUUUCAGAAACCCUCGGUUUGAAGAGCCUGAGAACGAAGGUGUGAUUGAAACGCUAUACACAACCAGUUCCAAGUGGAGGUUUUCGCGUCGUCAUCAAAACUUACUUAUUGUUGAAUUGUGCAAGUCCAUGUAUUCAAACUUGUCCGAAGAACUGAAGGAAAAAGUAACCAUUCCUCGGAUGCAAUAUUUUGGAUGGAACAUGUCGGGAGUCAAUUACCUAACACCAGAAAACUUACCUGCUUUACCUCAACUCGAUAUUGAGUUUGAUGAACGAUACUUGAUUGAUUUCUUUUUCAAGGAAGUUAAUCCAUUAUUUGCAAUUAUUCAUGAAACUGUAUUCCGUGAACAAUACGAAGCGUAUGAUAAGCUUAUGAAAGAAGAGGCCAUGACGGGGGAGCACAAGCACGACUCUAAAUCGAAUCAAACUAAAUUGUAUUCGGCCAUUUUGUAUCUCAUUUUCGCGUUGGCUAUUCGAUUCAGUGAAUUCCAAAAGCCAAAAAGUCCCGAUUUGGAAAUGUUGAAAUUGGAGGAGAAAUUAUUCAAAUAUGGUUACAAAAUCGUGUCUAUUUUGAGUUUUGAGUGGGAAUCGUUUGAAUUGAUACAGAGUUGGCUUUUGAUUGCAUUGUAUUUAAGAGUUGCCCAUAGACAAACAUCGUCAUCACAUGCACUAGGCCAAGCAAUUACAAUGACAAAGUCAAUGGGAUUAGGGUUCAGUGAGGAAAAUUACAACAUUUUAGCAUGCACCGGGUAUGAACGAUUAAAAGCAAAGCGGAUCUUUUGGUGUGUGUUUACAUUUGAUCGUGUUUUUGGAUUACAAACUGGCCGAUAUUGUGGUAUCAGGGAAGAAGAUUUUGGUCGUGGGUUUCCAGGGUUUGAUUUCCAACAUGAAACUGUCAAGGAUGACUGGUUAACUUUACCAGCAUUGGCAUUGUUGCACAUUGCUAGGAUUUCCAACUUUGUUCAUACUGCGCCAACUGACAAUCCUCAUUUGAUCAAAUACCAGCAGAUCAAUGCUGAGUUGGUGAAAUUGCACCAAUGGUUCAAUGAAGUUGGGUUUAGGAAUGAUUUGUUAUUCAAUAAACAUGCGAGCUCUGGACUAAACGAGAAUGAAGUCAGCUCCUUGGUAAAGGCGCAAGUGAAGUUGCACUACUAUGAUCUAGUUCUUUGUGUUCAUGGAAAGGUUCUUUUUAAUUACAUUGGUAGAAGGAUAGUGAGUACUGGAUUGAAAGUGGAAAUGGUGUUAGAUGCAUGCCAUGGUGUUAUUGAAGUGUUGGACAAGGUGAAUAAAGCAGGGUUACUCUAUACCCCAUGGUAUUCAGUUCUCCUCUUACUAUUCAAUAUCGGUGUCAAUGCACUUUGUUUGAUCAAUGGUGGUGUUUUCAUUCUGCAAUCACGAGAUUUGUUGAAAAACACCAUCAAAUUAUUUACCAUUUUGAAAAAGUCACCGAUUAGAAAUAAACAAAACAAGUUGAUUUUCCGUGAACGGUUCAAAAUGGUUAGAGAAUGUACAUGGGCUUUGAAAAUGGCAAACAAGAUCCUAACUCUUAGAUUACAAGAGGAUAUGAAUGCCUUGAAUAAUAUUGGUGUUGAUCAUGGUUCAUCUGAUGUUAACAAACAGUAUUUUUCACAAUUAGGGUUCAAUGAUGGUGCUAUUGGUGGAGCUAAGGAUGCUGGUGUUGCUACUGCCAAUGCCACCACUAACGAUUCUCGCAACAAACUAUCAUCAACGCCAAGAAGCAACGAGUUCAACAAGGUAUUUGAACAACAAUUAUAUCGCCACGAAGAUGGAUCAAAUGUGCCACAUCCUAUACUACCACGUCAGGAAAUGCAAAGAUCAGGGACUGAGUCUCCAAUAUGGCGAGGAGCUGAUACCGAGAACCACACACCACAAGCAGGAGGAGCAGAUGAUGGGUCGUAUGUCAAUUCAUCCAAUACUCCAUCUUCAGACAAUCAUGAAGGCGGUGGUGCUGUUGAUUCCUAUCCUUCAACUGAAAUUGAUCAAAUGUUGAGCAAUUUGCAAUGGUUUGACCAAUGGGUUGAUUUUACAUACGAUUUUUAA